AUGACCUCCUCCUUCUCCUCCUCUCCCCUCCCGGCGGCACCAACCCAUCGAAAGCCACACCAGGAAACAUCCCUCCACCAAAAGGCAUCGCAGGCAUCGCCUCCAUGCCAUUCAUCCCAUUCACACCCGCCGGCAUCGGCACAGGCGGCGGCAUCUCCCGCCUCCCCUCCCUCCUCCUCUCCCUCCUCAGACACCGCCUCCUCCCCGACCCAGCUCGCCGCCGUCUAUAUAUACUCCCAUGACAAUGUUGCCGUCUCCGACCCGUCGACCCACGGCACUUAUGAUGAGAGUGCCCCUUCUCUUUGUGGUGAUGCUUCUUCGUACAAGUAUGUGUAUUCUAUGGCGGAGGCAGAAGUAGAGGAUGAGGACGAUGAGGAGGGAGGCGAAGAGGAGGCCGAAGAUCCAGGCUAUUGCUGCUUUGGGGGAGGUUGCGCGGCGGAAGAGCGUCUUGCGGGAUUCGGAUGGGUUGGCUGGGAAGGUUGGAAGUUGGAAGGCUGGAGAGAGAUUGAUUGA